AGCAGCUACCAGUUCUCAACGCGCGGCACAGUGGUUCAGUCACUUUUCCCUCGUCUAGUAAGUUGUUCUUUACGCCUUCGAUCAUCAAAUUAAUAUUUUCGUGAAAGGUGACAUAAUUAUCAUCGUACAACAAAAUAAUUUUUAUGAUAAUAUAAAUACGUAAGUGGCAGUAACAUUGACUGUAUGUAAUGUAAACUAUCUGCAAGAUUUUUAUAUCAUAUCUAAGCGACGAGAAAAUCUCUGGUUACAAAUAUUUUAAUACUUAAAAAAGCCAAAAAUUUAAGUGAGACGUUUCCAAGUAUUACAGUGGUAGUAUUGAUAUUUACUGCUCUCAUUUUUUAAGAUUUUCAUAAAUAUGUCUGACGAAAAGAAAACCAAAACUCAAGUUCAGAAUGGCGGUGAUGCAAGAGAGACGCCGUGGAAGACCAUGACAAACCGUGAGAAGUGGGAAUACUUCACGUCGAACAUUACGGUUGAGCCUAUGUUGGCCUGUUACAUCAUGCCAUGCGUGCUGGCUAUGUUAGCUACACAGAAUCUCAACUUGGAAAAAGCCUGUCGUGUAAACCUCAGAUACGAUGAUGAAGUCUGUGCCGCCCUCACCGCUCGCCAAACAGCGAACUACACGGAACAAGAAACCCAGGUACAGCAGCUGGUGGCAGGGAUGACCAUCUGGAAGACGAUGGUACAGAGCGCUCUGCCGUGUUUCCUGAUGCUCUUCCUAGGGUCCUGGUCGGACAGACACGGACGACGGAAACCCUGCAUGCUCCUUCCGAUAACUGGAGAGUUCCUAACUUGCAUUGGGCUCAUCCUCUGCACCUACUUCUUCUUCGAAUUGCCUAUGGAAGUUGCUGGACUGGUUGAAUCUCUAUUCCCUGCCCUUACAGGUGGAUGGUUCACAAUGUUUAUGGCUAUCUUCAGUUACAUUGCUGAUGUGACGUCAGUUGAAAUGAGAACGCUAAGGAUUGGUAUAGUGAACCUGUUCGUAUCACUUGGUGUUCCUGUGGGAAUGGCUCUCAGUGGGGUUCUCUACAAGGAAAUCGGGUUUUAUGGUAUCUUCUCUAUAUCUGCAACAAUGUACGUUAUGAGUUUUUGUUACGGGUUGUUCAGGAUUAAAGAGUCGCCUCGACAGAAAACAGAAGAAGAGAGAAAGACGCAACAAGCAUCCAAACAACAGACUUGUGGGUUUCUGAGGGAUUUCUUUGACAUUCGUCACAUUUCCGAGACUUUUAGAGUCGCCUUCAAGGAUGGGAAAAACAACAGGAAGAGGAGGGUGAUCAUGCUGAUGAUUGCUUGCAUGGUGAUCAUCGGACCCUUACACGGCGAAAUGGCUGUUAUGUACCUAUUUACACGGUACCGUUUCAACUGGAAUGAAGUGGACUUCAGUAUGUUCUCCACGUAUGGCAUGGUCACAAAUCUCUUCGGUACCAUGGUGUCCGUUUGUGUCUUCAGCCAUCUUCUGAAAAUAGAUGACGCUCUAAUUGGAGUUAUGUCUUGUAUGAGCAAGAUUCUGGCAAGCUUUGUAUAUGCCUUCAGCACCACGGACUGGCAAAUAUACAUGGCUCCAUUGGUGGAGAUUCUGAACGGGACAUCUUUCAUCGCGAUGAGGUCCAUGGCUUCGAAGCUGGUUCCCACCGACGAACUAGGUAAAGUGAACUCCCUGUUCGGCGUCUGCGAGGCACUGAUGCCGCUGGUGUAUGGACCCAUGUACAGUGCAGUUUAUGCUGCUACUAUGCACACAGAACCAGGAGCCUUCUUCCUACUGGGAGGCGGACUCACUGCCCCUGCUGUCAUCAUUUUCAUCUGGAUGUAUUACGAACACAGAAAGGAAUCGGCAGACAAAGAGCUGGAAGCUGUUAAUAUGGAGGCGGCGAACGAAGACUCAAAGAACAAGACACAGGCAGAUUACAGCAGCACAGAGAAGCAUCAGAACGGGACAUCGAAAUUCGAAAGCGAAAUAAACGGAGAAAGUCACCUUGAAGGAGUUGAUAAUAGGGCUUACGUAGUCGAUGAAAAAGACUGAAAUAACAAGCGAUGAUAAUAAAAUGUUCCUUUAAUUAUAAGAUUUAUGGUUGAGGUUAGGUUAGGUUUUACUUUAUUCUCGAACUUCAGGUUAAAGCACCUUCGGUGAGAAUGGAUGAUAGAACUGUCAUAUUAAUAUUAGAACUUACGAAGCAUUUAAAGCAGUGACAAAACAGGAGGAAGAACACAGCUGCUCUCUCUCUCACUCCAUUAAAGUAUUUGUUAAUGGACUGUGGGAUUCAGGUAAAAUAUUUUAAAUAACAGUAUCAUCAUUCCAUCAUUGCUCCAUAAUUAUUUGUCAUCGCCCCACGGGAUGAGAGAUAGCCCUGACUAAGCAGCACAUAGUCAGUCUCAAAUUAGGGGCUUUAUCUUUAACCUGACACUCAGUUGGUCUCGGAAUAAAGAUAGUUUAGUUUUAUUAUAAAAAUGUAUUUACGAAUAAAAUUAGGGAAGCCGAAGAGAUGAAACAUCUAAAACAGACUACUUCAUUGUUUUAUUCCACUAUGAACUGAUACGAAUUUGAGUGUUUGGAAACAUGACAACUGGCUGUUUUUUACGUCUGUAAUUGGAGGCGAGGUAAAUUACAAGGAAUUUACAAUUACUGUGUUACUGUCUCAAUUAAAAGUCUUUCUGUUUUGAACUAUAUUAAACUUAGGGCACAAUUUGGUUUCCAGUGAAAUAAAUUAAUGUUCUUUCAAUAAAAAAUAAAUAAAGAAUGUAGCUAAAAUUUUGAACACUGAACGAACACAUUCAAAGUUGUAACUACAAUAGUACUAUAGAAUUAGUUACUUAAUACAAAACGUUUUCAUAUAUUACAAUUAUAAGCCAGAAUGUGCACAUAUUUAGGUCUAUAGACCUAACUGAAAGUUCCCACGUCAACAUGCAUAAAUUUAGGUUAAGUUUGGAAAACUGAAAUAUAUAUUACACAGAGUAUUCUGGUAUUAUAUUCUUCAGAUAAAAACAUUUUGUGUUUUAAACACUAAGUUCGGUCUCGUAGACCAGAGGUCGCAUAGAAAUUGUGUAUUACAAACAACUGUUGCACGUUCGUUAUUUUAAUAAAACGCAUGAAAAUAGGUUUACUACUAAGUUAAGUAAAAUACACGAUGAUCAGAAAGUGACGCAAUCCACUCUUGACAGAUGUUCUAUUUAUUUAAAAAAUUACAAUAAAUAAAAAAAAAAAAAAAGCGAAGUGUUGGAGUGUUGUUCAUCGAUGCAAGCAUUAAUAUCGAAAAUCGACCGGAACGGUUUCCGUGACGAGAAAGGAUCAGCAGACGAGAUACUGUCCAGUUUUUUGGAACAGGAGAACCGGUAAAUGUAUCUUUAAAUUCAUUCUGGCAAGUUCUGCAUGGAUUCGACAAUUAACAAUUAUUGCAUCUGUGAAAAAGACAUCCUUACACUUCGACUGUUGAAAGAUAACUGACGGACUGGAGAGAGCAGGUUUUAACAUGACGUGACUUUUAUAAGUCACAGAGAUAUUGUGUGUUUAUUAAUCCACUCUAAUUGUAUUUAAUUACAACCUUUAAUAAGUAUUUAAAUAUGAGCUGCGUGACGUUUCGAUCAUCCUGUACUUCAUUCAAAAAAAUAGUUAAAUAUUAACAGUAAUGUUCCUUUAAAUUGCUUUAUAAUUAAACUUUCUGAGCAAUUUUUAGUUUUGACCUUGUAGUUACUUGCAUAAUGCAAUAGCCUUUUCUCUGUAACGGAUAUUACAUAAACCAUGUGACUGGACAAAUCUCAAUAGAUUAAUCUUCAAGGAAUAAAAUAAAUAAACAACAAUUUUACAUAA